UUCUUUUUUAAAUCACGUCGUCAACACAAAACGCAACUCGAGUGUCAUGAACUCGGACGAGUCACGUUUAUAAGAACUCGGCGUGUUUUAAAAGUGAGAGAGAGCAAGUAAACACAAGUUCAUUCUCUUCUCUUCAUGCUUCACAAUUUCACCUCGUACUUUCCUUCCUUCAUUCCUCAAAGAUGGUGUCCUUUGAACAGAACUAUAAUGAUAUUUUCAUGGAGCAUGCGUCUAACGGGGACCUGGAUUUGAGUCCUCGAAUAGGUGAUGAAUACCAGGUGGAAAUUCCUUCUGUGUUUAAGAAAUCAAAGCAUCUUCCACUUCGAAUGAAUCUCGAAGAUUCAGAAUCUGUGCAUGAUAAAUCACUUUCCUUCGCAAUUGGUUUGCCCAUCCCAGUCACAUGGUUACAUAAUGAAAUGGAGUAUAGCGGAGAUGAAGAGGGGGGAUAUCAUCGUGGAGACAGCAAUUCAAGUCACUUGGACAAAAGUGAAAAUUAUGUGUUGGUUCCUGGUAGAUUGAGUAGCGCAUGGAGCGAGGCUGAUACGAAAAGUUUUGUACUUGGUUUGUUUAUUUUUGGGAAGAAUUUCAUUCAGAUAACAAGAUUCUUAGAGAACAAACAGAUGGGGGAAAUACUUUCAUUUUACUAUGGAAAGUUUUACAAAACAGAUGGAUAUCGUAGAUGGUCAGAGUGCAGGAAGAUGAAAGGGAGAAAAUGUAUGAUAGGACGAAAACUUUUUACUGGACCGAGGCAACAUGAACUAUUGUCUCGCUUAACUUCUCAUGUCUCCGAAGAAUCUCAAGAUAAUUUGUUCCAGGUUUCUAAGUCAUAUAUGGAGGGCAGAACUUCUCUAGAAGAAUAUGUAUCUUCUUUGAAGUCUAGUGUUGGACUUGGCAUUCUUGUGGAAGCAGUAGGUAUUGGUAAGGAGAAGGGAGACCUUACUAGGCUUGACGUCGAACCUGGGAAGAACAGUCGAGCGUUUUCAGCACCAACUUGCAAAGAUUGGUCUUCUCUUGGACCCGACGAUAUAAUACAAUCUUUGACGGGAGGAUAUCGGCUGAGCAAGACCAAAAGUAAUGAACUCUUCUGGGAAGCUGUUUGGCCCCGCUUACUGGCAAGAGGAUGGCACUCUGAGCAGCCAAAGAAUCGAGGCUAUGUUACCUCCAAAGAUUAUCUGGUUUUUCUUAUUCCUGGCAUUGAGAAGUUUUCGAGGAGAAAACUUGUGAAAGGUGAUCAUUACUUUGAUUCUGUUAGUGAUGUCUUGAACAAAGUAGUAGCUGAACCGAAUAUUCUUGUGCUUGAAGAAGAAGCUAAAGUUGGUAGCUUCAAUGCGGAGGAGCCUGAAAAUGGAUCAAAUGAAGAUGAUUUAUCUGAUGAUCAUCGUCAAUGUUACCUCAAGCCCCGAGCUUCUACAUACAAUAAAGAUCAUAUGAAAUUCAUGGUUAUUGAUACUAGUUUGGUGAUUGGUGGAAAGUCAUCCGAUUUAAGGGAAUUGAAAUCUAUGCCUGUUAAUUCAGCGUGUAAAGUUGAGGUAGAUGCUGCUUGUAAAAAAUAUAAAGGGCAAAAAUAUACGAGGAAAGUAAAACAUAGCAAGGAUAUGUCCAAAAGCAUUAAACAGAAGUCAAUAAAGUUCACAGUUACUGAUACCAAUACACUUUCUGAAGGAAAACUAUUGAAGGUGAAACAACUGAGAUAUCCGCUCGUUGAAUUGGAAGAUGCUUCUACGAUAACUACUGCUCUUUUGAGAGAAAGUAAAGGCGGCUCUUCAACUGAUGAUUCGCCAAGGAUGGUGGAAGCUAAGACGCGGACACGUGACAAAAAAAAGAUGAAUAAAACUGAUAGUCGCAGCGGUGUAUCCAACAGUGAGGCUACCAGUAAAAAAGAAGCAUAUAAUAAUCCUGAUAACAAUGCAAACAAGGUCGUCGAAAGUCAGAAAAAUCAACACACCUAUGCGUUUGAUGAUAAUCAACUGAAGAGGAUGAUAAAGCAUCAAUUCAAUCGAAGAGUAAGGUCAGGCGAUUCUAAUCAUGCAGCUCUUCCUGUUAAAAGGAGGAGAUUGACUGCUUGUGUCAAGGCAGAGAAAAACCGCAUCAUUGAGAAUUCUUCAGGAAGUUUGAGAUCAGAAAAACUUGAAAUCUCUCAGUUUUCUAGCUUUCCAGAUGCCAACAAAAAUGUUUGUGAUCCAGUUAGUCAUCAGCAGAAUGGAUGUUCAACUGCUUCUUCAGCUGACAGAAGAGCAGAAGAGGUUAAUGAAAAAAGCAUUCUCAACAACAGUUAUCAAUGCGCUGUUAAAGUUGAGAAAUGUUCAUCUUUCACCCUCGAGAUACCGCAGGUUCCAUCUAAGUCUGAGAAUAUCAAUAUGCUGGCAAUGGCAGAGGAAGGUGAGCAUGGACUAAAGGCAAAAGAUCAAUGUCUAACAUCUGCUACUCAGGAAGUAGUUGAGAAGCCAGUGAGAAUCGCUUGUGAUGUUGAUUCUUUGGAACAACAGCCUGAUAUAAAUCCCAGGAGACAGAGCACUAGAAACCGACCGUUGACAGUUAGAGCAUUGGAAUGUAUAGCAAAUGAAUUCUUGCAUGUGCAAAGGAGACAAAAAAGGAAAGACAUUCAGACACACAAUGAUCCUUUCAAUCCUUGCCGCAAGGCUCGUACAAGAGGCAAAACAAUGCUGCGUCGUCAUUGUUCAGACCAUGAGACUGCAGUUUUAGUACAAGAAGAAAAGAUUUUGAACGGAGAUGGUAGUGUUAGCUAAAUAUAUUUUGGUUAAGUUAAAGAGUAGAUGUCAAUAGCGGUUAUUUUUUAAGCUACCUACCUAUCUGUCAUCAUGGAGUUUCUGACUUUUGGAAACAAAUUGAUGUUCUCCUGCCCGACUUGCAAAUUGUGUUUUAAGGCAUCCAGAUGAUUUAGACAUACUGUACAGAAUUUUUCUGUUUAUUUUUUAUUUCAAAAUUUUUGUUUUCUUAUGUUUCGUUUUAUUUUAUAAAUCAUAACCAAUGUCUACCCAAGUGGAAGAAAGUUAGAAAUUUCAUUUCUAUGUGCCAGUCUUCCAUUGAUUUAUACAACAUUGAUUGAAUGAUA